UCAAAGAGCUAGUCUCCUCUCUCUCUUCCCAUAAAUCCUUUUUUUUUUUUUUUUUGUCUGGCCUGUAUACGUUUUUGUUAUACUUGGGAUUUAUCAACCAUGACCAACGUGCCAAGCUCUCUGAGAUGCUCUCUCCUAUCCUUCUUCAACCACUCUGACCCUUGGCCGCUCUCCCUUCCUUUCUUGUAAAAUUUUCUCGGGAAAAAAGAAGAAGAAACUACUAUAGUCUUGUUGGUCUCUCUUUGUCUUCCUCCUACGUUUUCGCUUUUGCAGAUAUGGGCAGUGGCGAGAAAAGUGUGCGCAACUUUCACCUACACCUACCCCAUCUUCACCAUCAUCAUCAUCAGCAUCAGCACGGGAAGAAGCAAGAGGUGAGAGACGUGCCAAAAGGGUGCUUGGCAAUCAAGGUAGGGCAGGGUGAGGAGCAGCAGAGAUUUGUGGUGCCUGUGAUUUACUUCAAUCACCCGCUGUUCAUGCAGCUCCUCAAGGAGGCUGAGGAGGAGUACGGGUUUGAUCAGAAGGGGACUAUCACCAUCCCUUGCCACGUGGAGGAGUUUAGGAACGUCCAGGGCAUGAUUGACAGGGAAAAGUCCCUCCAUCACCAUCAUCAUCAUGCUGUAAUCGGGUGUUUUAGGGUUUGAUCAAACUUGUGUGAAUUAGCUUCCCUUUAUGGUGAUGAUAGAUAACGUGAGAUGAAUCCAAUGGUGGUGGUGAUGAUCAUGACGACGACAAAGUGUUGCUUGCAAUUGUAUCAUGACUUUGUUAUUUUGUUAUCAUUAGGAAGCGUAAUGGAAAAGAUAACUGGAUCCUUUUUCUUUUCUUUUUCUUUCUUGAAGAUGAAUUUUGAUGGUACCGGUUAGAAUAUUUGGAGUCUUGUAUUUGCCUUUUUAUUGGAAGUUGCGUAGUGAGUAGUGAUGAUAAAGAUAUAUAUAUAUGAUGAUGAGGACAAAGAUGCUGCUGGCAAUUGUAAAUGACUUUGUUCUUUUGUUAGGA